AUGGUCUUGUUUCGCCCGUCGCCAGUCCGGCUACUCCACGGCACCAGAUGUCUGCUGCAUGAGAACCCGCUGGGACUCCCCCGGUCCGGAACGCCACCCAACUGGCCGAGGAAACCCCAGCGCCGCAGAAUCACGGGCGUUGAAAAGGUCAUUGCCGUGUCCUCGGCAAAGGGAGGCGUGGGCAAGAGCACCGUCGCGGCCAAUCUCUCCCUGGCGUUUGCCCGGCUAGGUCUACGUUCUGGGAUCUUGGACACGGAUAUCUUUGGACCGUCUAUACCUACUCUGUUCGAUCUGUCGGGCGAGCCGAGGUUAUCCGAUAACAACCAGCUCGUCCCCCUGACCAACUAUGGAGUGAAGACAAUGUCCAUGGGGUAUCUUGUUGGGGAAAAUGCCCCCGUCGUGUGGCGGGGUCCCAUGGUCAUGAAGGCCAUCCAGCAGCUGCUUCACGAAGUAGACUGGGGUGGUCUGGACGUUCUCGUGCUUGAUCUACCGCCCGGCACGGGAGACACCCAGCUCACCAUCACCCAGCAAGUGAUCCUGGACGGUUCCGUCAUCAUCACCACACCACACACCCUCGCCACAAAGGACGCCGUCAAGGGCAUCAACAUGUUCAAGACCGUCAACGUUGACAUCCUAGGCCUGGUGCACAACAUGUCCCUGUUCAGGUGUCCGCACUGCGAGGGCGAGACGCACGUCUUUGGGUCGACCGACAGGGUCGACCGGUUAUGCAGCGAGCACGGCAUCGAUUACCUGGGUGAUAUCCCCCUGCACCCCAACAUCGGCGACGACGCCGAGAGGGGCAAACCCACGGUUGUUGCGGAGCCGGAUAGCGAUCGGUCGGCUGCCUUUUCAGUUAUCGCACAGGGCAUUUUAACCAAGAUUGGCCUGGAAAAGGAAAAGCAAACGACUUGA